AUGAGGACAGAAAGCCCCCAGUACGGUUCUCAGCCUAGUGCUAUGUCGAAGCUUGACUAUUCCAGUUCCAGUGAUGUUGACCUCGCCAAUAUCCUUUACAUCCACAACAUCCCCAUCGUACCGGCCAAAAUGAAGCCUGAGCUCGAUGCCCGCAUCAAGAGCAUCAACUCCUGGCUGGCUUGGGAGCUGACCAAAGUUGAAGACAAGGUCCAGGACAAGAUCAACGACGGGGAGUUGCCAAAGGAUGAUUCUAUGGUCUCAAAGCUCAAGAGAACGUUAUACCGAUCCAAGGUAGUUAGCUACAAUCGAAGGGUUUCGCCAUGGUUGGUCGCAGCUCCAGAUACUCCGACGCAGAGCUCCCGGACCAGUGCAGGGGAAGACAAGAUCAACCUUGCGGUUGCGCAUAGCAUCCUUGGGGCCUUUGGCACCCCAAGUUCCCCACAGGUCCUCAACGUUCUGAAGGCUGUGAGUUUUGGCUUCAACGGCCUAGUACGGACUGCCCAGUCGCAUGUGUUCUGUGUCAUUGACUAUGAUCAUGACACCAUUCGUGAGACCAUCACAGCCACCAUCAAGACCUUCUUUUUCAAUGUGACCGUGACGGAAACCCAGGCUUCAUCUUCUCACCCAGCCAGAGGUGGCUUCUCCCAUCGCAACAACGCAUUCGCGCCACCGGAUGCCAAGUUCUAUGAGGCUCAGCUUGAGUAUACUCACAGUGAGGCUUAUUUUGAGUUUGGCCGCUGGGACGAUAAUGCACCAAAAGAAGCGACUUAUUUUGCGCUUGGGAAGCAGGUUCUUGCUCAGAGGCAGCUUCGUUUGUUGAAGGAGUGA